CACUUUUUAAUGCUUUAUUUUGAUGUCAUCCAUCUACUUUGAAAAGCAAAUUUAAUUUUUCUCAAACUUUUUACAUAAACAAAAUUUGUUUUUUUUUUUGGCAAAAAUGAAUUCAAACCGUCUGGUCGAUGGCCUCGUAUCUGAAAUCUCAGCUUUACACAUAAAAGUCCUGCAACAUGCUGCUGAAAUAUCACCGUUUGUAACUGAAAGAACUAUCGGUCCAGAUAAAAAGGAGCACCAGGAGGAACCAGUGACUCCAAUUAGGUCUGAAAGAUUGUCCCAAGAAUCAAAAGAAAUCCCAAAGAAAACUAAAAGUCCUUUAAUAAUCUCGCCUUCUCGACGAAAUACAAGUUUUGAGAAUUUAGACUAUGAAACUAUUAAUGCCACAAUAAUCCUUCGGGAAGCUGAAAAAAAUCGUCGCAAAUCUAUUCGCAAACAAAUCGAAGAAAUCCAUCGCAAAAAUAAACCAAAUGAAAGUAAAAUCAUUGAAAUUCGAGAAAAACUCGAUGAAGAACGAGAAAAACGCCUGCAAGAACAACUCGAAAAUGAGAAACAGAUUCUCGAAGAAGCCAAGAGGCAAGCUCUGCAACAGCUGAGCGAAGAAGAACGUGAGAUCAAUGCACUGAGGCAACAAAGCCAACACACACUCCAAAUGAUUACGAUUCAAGCGAUAGUCCAAUAUCAGAAAAAGUUUCGAUUUGGUUAUGAAAAAGUCGCUAAAGUUCUGAUGUCACUUGAUAAGAAAGUCCUUAAUUCAGCUGAGGCACACAAUCAAAAGUUGAAGACCUUUGUACAAUCAUUUGAUCAACUUAUAGGAAAGAUUAGAAGUCAAAGUUGUGGAACGGCAGAACUUAAAAUCGCCGAGAAUCUUUGUAAAUCAAUUGUUGAACUUGAAGUCAUUAUUGCGAAUGAAGCAAAACAACAACAAGGUCAAUUGCAGCGCCAGCAGCAAGAACAACAACAAGAGCAGGCAAAACAGUUGGAAUUACAAAAACAACAACAACAACAGCAAGCUCAAGUACUUCAACAACAACAAAAUGAACAACAUCAAAAAGCAGCGGCAGAAGCUGCAGCCGCUGUUGCUCUUGCAUCCAAUCAAGCCAAAUCUGUGGAAGUAAAAGCUCCUACUGAUGCAACUGAUUCUAAUACAAAUGUGCAAGUUCAGCCAAUAGCUGAUCCAAAUUCAAAUGUCCCCAUAGAAGCAUCAUCUCAGUUUGUUAGUAAAGAACGGUUUGAGUUUUAUACACAAAUCAAUAAGUUCUAUCAGGAAAAGGUUGAGAAAGUGAAACCUCUUCAAUCGGAUGAUAAUAUGAAAAAAUAUAGAUUUGCUUGUCAGAAAGCCAUCAAUAUUCCAGUGAAUGCAAUUUCAGCUGUUAGCUCGCAACAUUUACAGGAUAAAUUCGAAAAGUUGUACUCCUUUAUGAAUGGUAAUCCUGUCAAAACUACGGAUGGACAGAUCAGCAUUAACGACCAUCCACUUGGGCGUGACUUUUGCAUUCUUCUGAUGGCUAAAAAAUUCGUCAGUCAAGGCGAUACGGCAGUUUCGAGUAACCCCCAAGCUGCCUUUCCAGUUGCCACGGUCAUCGUCUCUCUAUGGAAACUAUUUCCGGACUUUGGCAAUUUAUUCCUUGCCUACACAUUCAAAGAAUCACCCUUUCUUGUUCCUUACUUCAUUCCCCAAAAACGUGGACAAUCCAUUGAAGAGUACUCGAAACUACUCGGCUAUCGUAUAGUCGAUGGAGCUAUCGAAAGUCAGGAAAUGUUUCUAAAAAGACAAUUGGGCAUAGCUCGACUGUAUUCAGCUGUAAUGAUGACACCAGGACGUCGCGCCGAUGGCAAUCAACAUCCAUAUGGCAUCGAACAUGCUUGGAUAUGGCUGAGUAACUUCAUUGCACUGCAUCCAUUGCCAGACAUUUGUGCCACACUCAUGUUGGAAUUCCUUACGAAUGCCGGAGCCGAUAUGUUGGCAACAUUUGGCAAACAAUUUCGAAAAUUAUUGCUCGUCAUUCAACAGCAAUAUUUCCCAAAGCUAUCAGCUGUGGACGAGGGUGGACCAAAAGCCCGUUUAGAAAUAAUUUUGGGGAAAAUUCUGAUGGAAGGACAGAUACCAAAACCGCAAGGAAUAAUACCGCCCAACUUUUGGUAGUAAAA